UCUUCUUUUAAAAAAAUAAAAUAAAUUUGUUGCUAUUUUCUUUUAAUAACUUGCUUCAUCAUUCAAACAAAAAUUUAAAAAGAUGAAUUAAACAAAGCUAGGUGGGCACUCCAUUACUUUGAAAUUUGAAUUAUUUUAAGUUACCUCAAAGACUUGCUUGACACCUUUUUACACUUGAUUAAGAAAACUACUCGAUCAAGUUCACUACAUUGCAACCAUUGUUCUCUUACCUUUCUCUGAAAAUCCGAUCACUUUGCUGUUGUUGUUGAGAUCAUAUCAUGGCUGGUGCACUUGUUGGUGGAGCUUUCCUCUCUGGCUUCAUUAACGUUGUCUUUGACAGGCUCCUUACAACUGAUACUGUCAACUUGGUCUUGGGCAAGAAGCUUCGUCCGGACUUGGUUGAAAGGCUGAAGACUGCUCUGUUGGGUGCUGAAGCUCUUGUUGCUGAUGCUGAGAUGAAGCAGUUCGGCAAUCCAUUGGUGAGGAAGUGGCUCGAUAGUCUCCGGGAUGCUGUUUACUGUGCUGACGACUUGCUCGACUCUGUCCUCAUCAAAGCUAAAACUGGAAAAAAGGUACGGUCUUCCUGGUCCAUUAGCUUCUUCAAGGACCGGCAUAGGGAGAUGGUGGAUAGGAUGGAAGAGGUGGUUACAAGAAUAGAGCAUCUUGGAAACCAAAAAGAUUCUCUUGGUCUUGGAAAGAUUCCCACUGGUAGCUCAUCAUGGAGGACUCCAUCCAGUUCUCUUGUAAAAGGGAAUGUGUAUGGCAGGGAAGAUGACAAGAAGGCCUUAGUCCAGAUGUUGAAUGACAACAAUAAGGAUCAAUUGUCUGUGAUCGCUAUUGUUGGCAUAGGUGGGGUUGGUAAAACAACAUUAGCCCAAUCGGUGUACAACAAUGAGGAAGAGUUCAUGAAGGGAUUUGAUCUGAAAGCAUGGGUUUGUGUUUCAGAAAAUUUUGAUGUUGCUGAGACUACAAAGAAUGUUAUAAAGGAGAUCUCUCCAGGUACUAAAGAUCUUGAGCACUUCAAUUCACUUCACCAUACUUUGAAAGAAAAAUUGUUGAACAAGAAAUUCUUCAUUGUUCUGGAUGAUGUUUGGAGUGAUGAUGGUGACAAAUGGAGUAAUUUUAUGACCCCUUUCCAAUAUGGGAAGAAGGGAAGUAUUGUUCUUCUAACUACUCGCGGGGAAAAUGUUGCUUUAGCAGUUCAGAACUGUCGCCCUUAUUUUCUCGGAGGGUUGUCAGAACACUAUUGUUGGUCAGUGUUUGCAGACAAUGCGUCUUUUCCACAAUCAAAUGGAAGUGCAGAACUUGAAGUCAUUGGCAGAGAGAUUGUCAAGAAGUGUAGUGGCUUGCCAUUAGCUGCAGAAACACUUGGACGCUUGUUACGUACAAAGCAUGAUGUUCAGGAAUGGAAAGAUAUACUGACGAGUAAUAUUUGGGAAUUUUCUGUGGAGAAGAGUAAGAUAAUUCCAGCAUUACUCAUUAGUUACUUCUAUCUCCCUGCACAUUUAAAGCGUUGUUUUGUGUAUUGUUCUUUGUUUCCCAAAGAUUAUAAUUUUAAGAAAGAUGGAUUAAUCCUUCUGUGGAUGGCAGAAGAUCUUUUACCACCCUCAAAGGGAAGAAAGAGUUUAGAAGAAGUUGGUUGUGAGUGUUUUGAUGAACUUACUUCCAGAUUAUUUUUCACAAAGAUUCAUUAUCAUGGUGAUUAUUUUGUGAUGCAUGAUCUCUUGCAUGACUUAGCAAUAUUCCUUGCUGGAGAUUUCUAUUGCAACUCAGAAGAACUUGGUGAAGAGGAGAUCAGCAAUCAGACUCGAAAUUUGCUUGCUGAAUAUCAAAUCGGGCUUGGAUUAGAUCACUUCAUUUGGCCCGUUUUGAUUUCUUAUCUUUGUUUCCUUUUGGGCAUCGGCCUUGUUUUAUUUUCUAUUCAAUUUGGGCUGCAGUAUUGA